GUUUACAGAGAGGGCGCUGUAACUUCCCGCUUGCAUUCAAACGACUUGCCAUUGUUUACGUUUGUCGCAUCAUCAUACGCAUUUUUUUUUAAAACAAUCAGCUUCAUUAACAAUCACGAUGUCUAUGUCAGUAUACGACUAUGUUCGUUUAGCCGCCCUGAUUGUCAUUGUCAUAGUUUUGGCAACCCAGAAGGCGAAAACAUUUAUUCUUGUCGACGCAGUUCUCACUGUAACUAGUGGAGUACUGGCAAUUUGGGGAUUUUCACCAUUGACGUACGAAUCUGAGUCAACUGUGGCCUAUAAUGGCCUUCACGUCCUCCUGUUUCAAACUUUCAUGUGCGCCGGUGUCAUGCCAGCCUUGUUCUACUUAUUCUUUGCCCGCUCCGCCAAAGACGACGAUGCAGCACAAGGCCUCCUUGCCACCCGUACUCUCACAAUUGGUCUGUGUACGUUCAUCAUGGCCCUCAACCAGUGGAGACACCCCAAGAUCUUCAAGGACACACAUGUUUCCGUCCGACUGUCAUCAUCUGUGCUUUGGUUCUGUCUGGCGGCGUAUGCUCUGUACCGGAGCGGCAUCACUCCCCCAAAACGUGGCCGAAUCUCUGCCAUCAACCUGUACAUCAAGAUCGACAUCGUCAUUGCAGCCCUGUAUGGUGCCUUUGACCUCCUGUUUGCACGCUUCGCUGGCAGUUUAUUGUCCGGACGCUUCGACCUCCUCCACGAGCACAUACUGACCCUUGAGGGUGCAGCGAAUCUAUCCACUGCUGUGUUGGGAGUCUACGCCCUCGGUGUCCGCAACAUCGCUGAGAGGAAGGGCUAUCUGUGCUGUCGCCUCACCGUCCUGCUGCUGGGUGCAUGCUGCCUGGCGUGUGGACUGUACAACAAGAAGCUGUCCCUGACUGGCUCAGACAUGGCCGUGUUUGCAUCAGGCUUCAUUCCGGUCAUCCCAGCGGUCACUGGCCUCGUGCUGACCGGGGACAAGAGGAUCUUCACCUCAUCUACCUCAGCUGGCUACAACCUUCGCAGGCGGGACUAACAUACCAGCAUACCUGACGUACAUCCUUGCCCAGAUCCUGUUGUAACUCCUACACUUCGUCAUCCACUAAUGAUAGUUGUAGUUCUAAGAUGGCUUUAUGCAAGGGGGCUCUGGUGACACUGGAUUGUGGUUUCUAGAUUCCUUAUUCUCUGCAGUGUAAAACCAUUUCUGGUUUGGUGUGGUAUCACAAGACUUGGUCCUCAGCUCAUGUAAAACAUCCCCACCGUUUUUUGUUGUAUAGGACAGGACGUGGCCUCAUGACAUGAUGGCUCCCCGUUAAUGAACUGCUGCAGUUGCUGUCUACUUCUUCGUGACAGUGGAAACAAACAAGGAACUGCCUCUAGUUCUUGUCUUUUACUUUAUUUGGCCUAUACUUAUUAGUAUUAAUUAAUUUUAAUAUUCUAUAUAACUUUUUAAUGUGAGAUUUACACAAUAUACAGCUUUUCCAUUGGACGAAGGGUCGGUCACAUGAUCACAAAACUGGCAUUCAUAAGCGUAUAAAUGACACAAUUUGACUUCAAUGUUUUUCACGAAACUAUAUUCUUGAAAUGACAUAAACACUGACAGACGGUUUCCACACUCCUGGGGUAGCCCUGAGAAUUCCCAAGCACAAAUACAUACAGAAGCGAUGUUUCUGAUCAUUUAGACCCAAUAGUCUUGGACUCAGAGUUUUAGCAGUGUUUUUUGAGUGUUUGAAUGCAUGAUAGUUCACAAAUAUCUUUGCUACGACCCAUCCUAGCGAGGGAAAUGAAAUGCACAUCCACACUAUUGUGGUAUCGCCUCGAUGCGUGUCCAGGCAGAUGGAUACAGUCUACAGCAAUCUGUGAAUUACGUUAGUAUUUAGUUAAGGCAUCUUGACAAUCACCUUUCAGUGAUUGGCCGAUUGAUCAAUGAUGACUAACACUUGUAAUUGCCCCAGGCUCAUCAACAAUUUGAGAAAUCCCUCCAGUCACGUUUAUUGUGUCGGCCAUUUUGACGUCGAUGUAAAUGACUUGUAUUACGUACGGCACGCUGUCAUUGUUACUGACUUACUGAGGUAGCUCUUAACAGACCUUUUGCAUCUAAUGAUAUUACUUGAAGACAUUUGUUGUAAACAAACCACAAGAGAUGUGGUAGAACAACAUACAUACAUACAUACAUACAUACAUACAUACAUACAUACAUACAUACAUACAUACAUACAUACAUACAUACACUCAUGUCACCUCUCCUUUUGAGGAGCUACUUCAUUCUGCGAUACAGAUAGCUGUUAUAUGGCUGUCAGUGUAAACUUGAUGUCACAUGUACUAAAGAAAAUUUGUUUAGAACUUCAUAGGGAUAUUAAAAAAUUGUACGAAUUGAUAUUCACUUUGUGUGAGUUCCCAGUUUGGCCCUCACUGUAAGAAGGUUCAUACUCAAAUGAACUCACACAAAGUGAAAGUCAAGUCCUCCAUUAAUUAUAGUAUUGAUUUCAAGGCCUGCCAUUUACACAACAUUUACUUUGAGUUUCGGAGUAGAAAUAUGUCAUCUGGUGAGACCUGUCUGAAAUGUCCAUGAUCUGCUACGUUUUACUACGUACUACGAUUUAAGACCAAGACUGCCACACCAACAUCACUACACUCUGGUUCAGAUACAGCAGAUCGAUGCUCAGUACAUCAACAACUGGAUUGUCUGGUCCAGACUCGAUUAUUUACAGAGUUGUGUCAUAUAGCUUGAAUAUUGCUGAUUGCAGCGGAAAACAACCAACCAACCAACCAAUCAGAUACAGAUAGGAUGUGACCUUGUUUAUAAUGGAUAGUGUAUGGAUAGUACAUUUGAAUAAGCCAGUUCAACAAUCCCAAGGUGUUGUUUUAUAGUUGUUCCAGGUCUCACGAUGUAGUUGUGCCAUGUCACCGACCCGGUUGUAGUCACUUUGUGUAGCUGUCAUGUUGUUUUAACUGUGUUUUGAUGUAUGAAGUUUUGCAGAGUUUUACAAAUACUUGUUUUGUUCACAACCAUUAUUGAAAAAUUGGUUGAAAUCAUUCUCUGUGCACAUGGUAUAGAGAACCAUGUCAGAUCGUACUCAUUUCAUCAUGGCAAUGUUGUUUUGUUUCUUUGCCAUGGUAACCAUAUGGUUACUGCAGAGUUUUGUAAUUGACAUUUGUUGUUGGUUGUCGGAAACAGAAUCUCAAACAAAACAUCAUUGGGAACAAUGUGUGUAUAUGCUACCCAGCUGGACUCUAUUUUGUUAUCAACCCUGUCAUCAUCAUCAUCAUCAUCAUCAUCAUCAUCAUCAUCGUAGCAAUACGUUUUUACACUUUCCUCUUUAGUUAAGUUUUUAACAAUUUUCAUCACCUCUCCUAAUUGUUAUUUUUUAAUGACUGCUUUAGUGUUUUACAGUAAAACUGAGUCUCAAAUAUAACUUCAUGGAUAAAAUUCUCUGUACACAGGGUACCCUGGAUCACAUGUAUUAUCAUCAUCAUCAUGGCAAUGUGUUUUUACUUUGUCUCGUUACAUCGUAAUUGCAUAGUUUUGUUUGUUACUUUUUUGUUAAGCUUGUUCCCAUGAUUUCACGUAAUUACUGAACGUUACCAACAGGAGGCACAACAAACAUCAGAAAAAUGGAGGUGUGUUUGGUGCUCAUUACCUCCCCCCUCCCAAAAGAAAUUAAAGUUGUUACCAAAACGCAAAGAAAAUGAUAUUCAAAAUAAGCAUAUUACAGUUGGUAGUUUUCUGUAUUUAAGGGUAUGCUCGUUCAUUUAGCAAAAAAAGUGACAAUUAUGCAGAAGUUUUGGGAUACGCAUUCUCAUACAAGAGUUGUCUCCCUUUUACAACAAAACACACGAUUCAAAAGAAGAUUAACAUCCAUCAUAACAAUGUAUUCUAAAUUGUUGGUUAUAUUGGCCUCUCACUCUUGCAAUCUCCCUAUCGUAUACCUGUUAACCACUGACAGACCAGAGUAGUAUUUAGUUUCAUGUGUGUGCUGCAUGUGUUAUUUAUAGUCGUCAAUAUGUUGUAGCAAUUGUGGAGCAGGGUGUUGUUCUGACCACUCACUACGUCGGUCGACGUUCAGCGGAUGCUGUCUGGCAAUUCCUUUACGGUUAUAUACAAAGAGAACAUAACCUUUUCUGGCAUUGAUCAACCAACAUCUACUCCGAGGCUGAAAUUCUGCCCUAUGUCAUGUCAGUGAACAUAACACAAUUUGAAUUAAGAAGUCCCAAGUCACUUUGUUAUUGUUCUUACUAAUGUUCUGACUUUGCAGAGGGGACAUGUAUUUCUCUGAUACCAGGACCACGAGGAAGAGACUAGUGCUUACCAGUUAUUGCAAUGAAUGCAAUGUUAUCAUAAUUUUGAUUUUAAGAAUACAAGAAAUUUUUAAAAAUCCCAAUUUUUACUUUAUUCUAAAUUAGCUUGCCAAAGGUACUCCGAUAAAUCCUAGAUUUAUAGAAAGUAGAUAGCAAUCUUUAUUACAGAGGUCGAAAGGUGCUUGUGAAAUGUCAACACAGUACUGCUAUUGGUGCCUUGCAGCCAACCUUUGUUAUCAGAAAACGAAUAAACAUAUCGUAAAUGUCCAAA